AUGUACAACGACGACGACGGAGAUGACAUUCCAGUUGCUCCGCCCCCGCCGAAACAAGGUAAAGAAGGGAGCGCCGACGCGUUCGAAGCAAGAGCAUUUCAGCGAAAACGAUGAACAACAUACAGAUGGCGUUCAUGCAGACUCAAUUGGCACAGCGGAAAGCUGCGUUGCAGCAGCAGGCAGCGGUAUCUCCUUCCUUCCUGUUUGCAGAAUUCACUGAAUUCUCCGUUUCCAGAGACAGAAACUGGUGAAACCGUCCGCACCGCCGCCAGUGAUAGACCUCUCCACUCGGAAUCGGACCGCUGUCGCCCCUUCCGUCGUCGUUGCCAAACCGUCAUUCCAACCGAUUCGGGCGAAUCCAGUUGCUGAAAAUAUCAGUUUCCUUCCGAAAGCGGCAACAGACGAGAGUGUUCUGAUCUUCGGAGAAGAGUACGUUCAGUGCGAAUACUAUCCGAUGACUCCGAACAACUUUGAAGUGUUCGCCAAGGAAAUAAACGAGCGGAAACAGAAGGAGAAAGUGGCGCGGGAAAUUGCAAAACGAUUGGCUCGCGAGCAUGAAGAGGAGGACAAGAAACGAUCAAAAGGAGCGGCGAUUGCACCGCCCACGAUGCUCAUUGAGGAUGAGAUUCCGCCUGCGCCACAGACCGAUGAGCCGACACAGUCCGUGCUAAUGCCUCCGCCCUCGUUCCUUCCCGCAUUCGGAAAAGCGACGAGCCGAGGGCUCGGAAUCGCUGCGAACAUUAUGAAGAAGCACGGAUACAAAGAAGGACAAGGACUCGGAAAGUCGGAGCAAGGAAUGAGCACAGCGCUGCAGAUUGAAAAGACGGGAGUUCGGGGAGGUACAAUUGUGGCGGAAGCACCGAAAGCGCCCACUUUUGCGACGAAUUCGAUGGAAGCUGUGCAAAAUGCGACUAAAGUUCUUCAGUUGUGGAAUCUAAUCGAUGUGAGCGAAGUGUCGACGGAUGAAACCAAGAAAGAGUUCGAAGAUGAGAUUCGGGAGGAAAUGGAAAAGUGCGGACAGGUCGCCAACGUUCUUGUUCACGUGGUGAGCAUAGAUUUUAUAAAAAGAAUAUCAUUAGAGCUUCUGGAUUUCAGGACGAAUCACAAGAGGAAGAGGGCCGACUAGUACGUGUCUUCGUCGAGUUCACCAACAAUGCGCAGUCCAUCAAGGCCUUCGUAAUGAUGAACGGACGGUUUUUUGGUGGACGGUCCGUUUCUGCUGGCUUCCAGAAUGUUGACAACUACCACAACCGAAAGUUUUGA